UAAAGGAUGUCAAUGCGAGAUCGAAAAUGAUUUCUGGGCGUAAAACGUACAGCAGGAAAAAAAACCCUGAAGGAAGUCCAAACAAUGGCGCUUUUCAUUUUGGAGAUUCAGGUGCCAAAGAUGGCAGGGAUUUGGAUAACUUCGAUUUCGAACCGCUUGAUACGCGUGAUCAGCUGGAAGCAUUCAACGAAAACCUUGGCAGAGAUGCUGCAUUCACCAAUAAAAUGGUUAGCUGGCUCAGCAUUGAAACGGGGAGUUUGGGUCCGAAAAAAAGCCUCGUGCUUUCAGUGGAUCUUCUUUUUAGUCGUCAACUGUUCGCUAGCUGUAGCUGGUCUGGCCAUGGUUGGAACAGUUCAAAAAUCCCAUUUUAUAACUUUAAAAAUAUUCUCAAUUUGUUGCGGCGAUUGGCUAGUGCAAAAGGAUGCAAAGAGCCAGUGGAUAUGACUAAAGCAGUUUUGAGGAAAACGUUAUCGUAUGGCAAUAAGAGAUUAGAAUUCAAAGGCAGAACGUUUAAUAGGAAAAAAUCUCGCAACGCAAGCAGAAAUAAUGACGGUACGUAG